AUGGCUGUCAACCUCAACGUCAGAUCGUCAGCAGCAGCCACAGCAACAACAACUCCGCCGAAUCUUUCUCAAAUACCCAUCCCGACUCAUAACUCAACGGGAAACAAACGGUUGCAAGAAUAUAAACAGUUGCACCACCACCACCUCCACAGUCAUCACAGUAGGUUGCAUCCGACUCGUAGCCAUUCACCCGCAUUAAAGAGGAAACCAAAAGCGCCAUUAUCCGCAUCGACAAAAACAUCGGCGGAAAUGUCGCACUUGUUCCAUCCAAAGCCUUCGAUAGUGAAAAAGCAAGAUAACGGCGACGACGAGGAGAAUAGCGACGGCUCCAACGGCACUAUAGAGCACUACAUUCGAGAUGUGGCCAAGAUACCCAUUGUGACACCGAGACCUUCGAGCGAGGAAUUGCCCCACACAUAUGGCAAGCAGGUGGGCUCGCCCAAGUUACCCCCGGUCAUAACGCAGGAUAUGCGAAAUCACACCAAUUUGCCCGAAGAGUUGCCGCGGGUUGUGUGUAUCGCGAGAGCAAGGAUACCAACAACGCAAGGACCCGACAUUUUCUUGCAUCUCUACGAAAACAACGUCGACAACAAGGAACAUUUGGCCAUUGUGUUUGGCGAAAAUAUACGAUCUCGGUCCUUGUUCAAGCAGAGACCAGGCGACACGCAACAGGAUAGAAUGACGCGAGGCGCAUACAUAGGCAAGCUAGCGCCCGGCCGGACAGUGGCGGAUUCAGAUGGCAAGAGAGCAUUACGCUUUACACCCGACGGAGAGUUGGUAAUUGACGAGUCCACAUUUACGCAACCGACCUUGGUGCGGAUCCAUUCCGAAUGUUACACUGGUGAAACAGCAUGGAGUGCAAGGUGCGACUGCGGCGAGCAAUUUGACCAAGCCGGGAAAAUCAUGGCGGAAAAUGGCACUGGAUGCAUGGUAUAUUUGCGACAAGAAGGACGAGGCAUAGGUUUGGGCGAGAAAUUGAAAGCCUACAACUUGCAGGACUUGGGAGCAGAUACCGUUGAAGCCAACUUGAUCUUGAGACAUCCUGCAGAUGCGAGAGAUUUCUCGUUAGCCACGGCGAUUUUGUUGGAUUUGGGCUUGGUGGAGAUUAAAUUGUUGACUAAUAAUCCAGAUAAGAUCAUAGCGGUGGAAGGUAAACAUCAAGAAGUGAAGGUGAAGGAAAGAAUACCGAUGAUACCGUUGAGUUGGAACCAUAGCCAUGACGAUGAUGGUGUUCAUGCCGAAACAGCAAAUGGAGGAGCCAGAAAAAGAGGCAUUAAAAGUAAAGAAAUAGACGGUUAUCUCAGCACCAAGAUUGAGAGAAUGGGGCAUCUUUUGGAAAAGCCAAUCAAAAUAAGUAGUAGUAGCAAUUGA